AUGAAUAAAUUUUAUAUUCUAAGUGUUUUAUUUCUUUUAAGAAUCUCCCUAUACGUGAAUAAUAAAACCCUUGCAACUGAACCUGCUCCAAAAAAAAAUACAAAAUCCAUAUUAAAAAAAUUUAGAAAACCCAAACCAAAAAAAUAUUAUCCUACUUCAGAAGAAAUAUAUGAGAAAAACAAGCACCUAUUAUAUAUCAAUCCCCAAGAAAUUAUAAAUGCAGAAAAACUUAUGAACGACGCUGUAACACAUUUAGAACAUCAUGCUACAAGUAAAGAUGGUUAUAAAUUAUGUGAUAAAUUUUAUGUUCAUCGUAUGUAUUUUUAUAAAAAAAAACAUAAAAAGCAUACAGAUGUUGAAAAAAUUCAAUAUACAAUUGAUGAUUCGAAUAAGUAUAAUAAAAUAAUAAACAAGUUAUGGGAUCCAGAUAGUGACGAUUUUUUAUAUAGAGGGGUGGUUAAAAGAAAAAUUGUCCGUGUGUACAGUCCAAAUUUAGUAAUGAUACAGCAACGUUCCAAAAGAUGGCCCUGGUCUCGUGAGAAAUAUUUUUAUGCUUUAGCUGCAAAAUUUAAAAUAUCAGAAGAAAAAACUAUGAUUGUCAUAACUUCAGCAAAUAUAAAUGAUCACAACAGUAAAAAUAAGAAAUCCUUUCAAAACACAAUAGUAGAAAGUGCAAAUUUAUUCGAAGCUGAAAUUGAUUCUGAAGAUGAUAUUAGAAGUGGAAAAUUAAAAAAAACGUUUGUUAACUUAAAUGGAUACGUUAUUGAAAAAAAAAACAAAUAUGUUUAUAUCUCCUAUGUCGACUCUAUUACUUUUUCCCUCAUAAAUAAGCAUAUAUUUUUCAUCAUCGUGAUAUUAGAAGAUUUAUGUUAA